CGCUCACUUCCGCUUUCUGCGCCGUGACAGCAGCUGUUGGACGCUCUGAGCCCGGUCCGGAACCAUGCCUCGCAAGAUUGAGGAGAUUAAAGACUUUCUGCUGACAGCCAGGAGGAAGGACGCAAAGUCGGUCAAGAUCAAGAAGAACAAGGACAAUGUGAAAUUCAAGGUGCGCUGCAGCCGGUACCUGUACACCCUGGUCAUCACGGACAAGGAGAAGGCCGAGAAGCUGAAGCAGUCCCUGCCCCCAGGUUUGGCCGUGAAGGAGCUGAAAUGAGCCGUGGGUUUCUCCACGUUUGUUACAAUAAAUAAAAACCCUCAACUGUU